AUGAGUUCAUUCUUUCAGAAGCAAGGUGUCACCUACACUAGGUCUGCAAAAGUUUCUAACUCAAACUUACCAUGGAUCGAAAAAUAUCGACCCAAGUCCUUAGAUAAUAUAAGUGCUCAAGAAGAGACUUUAAUGACUUUGAGAAAUUCCAAAGAUAAUUUACCUCACAUGUUAUUUUACGGGCCUCCGGGAACUGGGAAAACUUCUACGAUCUUGGCGCUUGCACGCGAACUUUUCGGUCCAGAAUUGAUGAAAACUCGUGUUUUAGAAUUAAAUGCCUCGCAUGAGCGUGGAAUUGAUGUGAUUAGAGAAAGGGUAAAGAACUAUGCUCGAUCAUUUAUUAUUAACGAUAUUAAUAAAAAAGGUCCAGGGUUUAAAAUUAUAAUCUUGGAUGAAGCAGAUUCUUUAACAAAAGACGCCCAAGAAGCUUUGAGACGCACGAUGGAAAAGUAUUCCGAACUUACCCGGUUUUGUCUCAUUUGCAAUCAAGUAUCUUGCAUUAUUCCAGCGCUGAAAUCUCGUUGUACAUUGUUUCGGUUCAAGAACAUUGGCACUGAAAAUAUGAGAAAUCGUCUUGCUUAUAUUUGCGAGCAGGAAGGAAUUAAUUAUCAUCAAGAGACACUGGAUGAAUUGAUCAAAGGCUCUCAAGGAGAUCUAAGAAAAGCGAUUACUUGGCUUAACAAUGCAUCUAAACUUCACAUAAAUGAUAAAGUCACGGUCGAAACAAUCAAAGAAACUGCCGGUAUUGUACCAGACGAUGUAAUUAAUGGUUUAAUGGAAUGUGCUGCGAGCAAAUCUUAUGACACGAUUCAAGAGACUGUUAGCGACGUUAUUGCAUCCGGAUAUUUUGCAAAGCAGAUAAUAGAACAGGUUUUCUUUCAAGUUCUCAAAGAUUUACGAUUUAAUGAAAAGCAUAAAUUUAAUAUAGGAGAAAGUUUAGGAAUAAUAGACAAACGCUUGGCUGAUGGUGCCUGUGAACUUUUCCAAGUUCUUUCUUUGAUGUGUACAAUUUCAGAAAAUAUGGAUUAA